AUGGGCGGCCUGCAAGGGAGCGUCGUGGCCCAUCUCCUCUGGAUGCUGCUGCUCUGGAGUGGGGACGGCAGCUGUCAGGCCCAGAGGGCAGGUUGCAAAACCGUCCACUACGACCUGGUCUUCCUCCUGGACGCCUCCUCGAGCGUGGGCAAGGAGAACUUCGAGAAGGUUCGGCAGUGGGUGGCCAACCUGGUGGACACGUUCGAGGUGGGCCCGGACCGCACCCGCGUGGGCGUCGUGCGCUACAGCGACCGGCCGACCACGGCCUUUGAGCUGGGCCGCUUCAGCUCACGGGCUGAGGUCAAGGCGGCGGCGCGGCAGCUGGCCUACCACGGCGGCCACACGCACACGGGCGACGCGCUGCGCUACGUCACGCGGCACAGCUUCGCGCCGCGGGCCGGCGGCCGCCCCGGGGACCGCGCCUUCAAGCAGGUGGCCAUCCUGCUGACCGACGGCCGCAGCCAGGACCUGGUGCUGCCCGCCGCCGAUGCGGCGCACCGCGCAGGCAUCCGCAUCUUCGCCGUGGGCGUGGGCGAGGCGCUGCGGGAGGAGCUGGAGGAGAUCGCCUCCGAGCCCAGGGCCGCGCACGUCUUCCACGUGUCGGACUUCGACGCCAUCGACAAGAUCUGGGGCAAGCUGCGGCGCCGCCUGUGCGAGAACGUACUCUGCCCCAGCGUCCGUGUAGAAGGAGAUCGCUUUAAGCACACCAAUGGUGAAACCAAGGAAAUCACAGGUUUUGACCUGAUGGAUUUGUUCAGUGUGAAGGCGAUCUUGGGGGAGAGAGAGAACGGGGCGCAGAGUUCCUACGUCCGGAUGGGAUCCUUCCCUGUGGUGCAAAGGACUGAGGAUGUGUUCCCGCAAGGCUUGCCUGAUGAGUACGCCUUUGUCACCACCUUCCGGCUCCGGAAGAUGUCUCGGAAAGAAGACUGGUAUAUCUGGCAGGUCAUCGACCAGUACGGCAUCCCGCAGGUGUCCAUCCGGCUGGACGGCGAGAACAAGGCCGUGGAGUACAACGCUGUGGGUGCCAUGAAGGAUGCCGUCAGGGUGGUCUUCCGAGGUCCCCGGGUCCAUGACCUUUUCAACCGGGACUGGCACAAGGUGGCCCUGAGCAUCCAGGCCCAGAACGUCUCCCUGUACAUAGACUGUGUGCUGGUGCAGACACUGCCCAUCGAGGAGAGGGAGAACAUCGACAUCCAGGGGAAGACCGGGAUCGGCAAGCGCCUCUACGACAGUGUGCCCGUCGACUUUGACUUACAGCGGAUCGUGAUUUACUGUGACUCCCGCCACUCAGAACUGGAGACGUGCUGUGACAUCCCCUCGGGUCCGUGCCAGGUGACCGUGCUGACGGAGCCCUCACCCCCGCCCCAGCCGCCUCCCACCUCCGGCAGUGAACAAAUCGGGAUUUUGAAGACGAUCAACUGCUCCUGCCCAGCUGGAGAAAAGGGUGAAAAGGGCUUUGAUGGCCCAGUGGGACUCCCCGGCCCAAAGGGGGACAUGGGAGCCGCUGGGCCGGCUGGAGCUCCUGGACCCAAGGGAGAGAAAGGAGAUACGGGCAGAGGACCUUUUGUCCAAGGAGAAAAGGGUGAAAAGGGUUCCCUGGGCCUGCCGGGUCCCCCUGGGAGAGACGGCAGCAAAGGCAUGCAGGGGGAGCCGGGAGAGCCAGGAGAGCUGGGGCUGCCUGGGGAGGUGGGCAUGCGGGGACCCCAAGGACCUCCUGGACUUCCCGGACCUCCCGGCCCCGUCGGAGCUCCUGGUCUCCAUGGAGAACGAGGUGAAAAGGGAGCCCAAGGAAAAAAGGGGGAGAGAGGCCUGGAUGGAUUCCCCGGGAAGCACGGGGACACUGGAGCGCAGGGAAGACCCGGCCCUCCUGGCGUGCCAGGGCCCCAGGGAGAAAAGGGUGCCAUGGGGCCUGCAGGACCUCCUGGGGUACCGGGCUCAGUGGUGCAGAGAGAGGGCCUGAAGGGCGAGCAGGGAGCCCCGGGACCACGAGGUCACCAGGGCCCUCCUGGGCCACCAGGCGCUCCGGGUCUGAUGGGUCCCGAAGGCAAGGAUGGACCUCCUGGUUUGCAAGGUCUCCGAGGAAAGAAAGGUGAGACCGGCCCUCCUGGAAUCCCUGGACUGCUGGGGCAGCAGGGCCCCCCAGGACCACCUGGCGUCCCAGGCCCCCCUGGACCCGGAGGCCCCCCGGGUUUGCCUGGAGAGAUCGGCUUCCCAGGAAAACCUGGGCACCCUGGGCAAGUGGGACCUCCUGGAAAGGAUGGGCUGAACGGACCCCCAGGCCUGCCAGGACCAAAGGGAGACCUGGGAGACAGAGGGGCGGACGGUUUGCCCGGACAGCCUGGCCCGCGGGGUGAAGUUGGGGAGCAGGGCCUGGCAGGCCGACCUGGAGAGAAGGGACAGGCAGGGCUCCCAGGCGUGAGGGGAGAGAGAGGAGACCAGGGAGAGAAAGGGGAACUGGGACUCCCGGGACCGAAAGGUGACCGAGGUGCAAAGGGUGACACGGGUCCAGCAGGCCCCCCGGGAUUACCUGGAACUACGUCCUUGUUCACGCCGCACCCAGGGAUGCCAGGAGAACAAGGGCCCAAAGGAGAGAAGGGCAAUCCCGGCGCGCCUGGGGAGGCGGGAUCACAGGGUCAUCCUGGAGAACUGGGGCCUCGGGGACCCAUUGGACCACCGGGUGCCAAGGGACAGGAAGGCGCGCAGGGGCCGCCCGGAGCAGCUGGGAACCCCGGCGUUCCUGGACCUGUAGGUCCCCCUGGUCCCGAUGGCCCCCCAGGAAGUGUGGGCCCCCCGGGCACCAGAGGCCCCCCUGGGAAGGAUGGGGAGCGCGGUGAGAAGGGAGCAGCGGGAGAAGAAGGAAGCCCAGGACCAGGUGGCCCCAGGGGCGAUCCUGGUGCCCCUGGGCUGCCAGGGCCGCCCGGAAGAGGGAAAGAUGGAGAACCGGGACUUCGUGGACCACCUGGAUCACCUGGACCUCUGGGAACUAAGGUAGGCACAGGUGAGGUCAGAGGAGGUCAGACAGACAAAAUGGGAGGCCAGUGUGUGAGGGGGGACCGUGGUGCACCUGGGAUCCCUGGCUCUCCUGGCAACCGCGGAGACCCGGGCAUUGGGGUCACUGGCCCUCCUGGCCCCUCUGGACCACCAGGAGAAAAAGGGCCUCAGGGAUCUCGAGGCCCACCUGGAUUCCCCGGUCCCCAGGGACCAGCUGGCCAAGACGGUGUACCUGGAAAUCCAGGAGAAAGAGGCCCUCCUGGCAAACCAGGCCCCUCUUCACUACUGUCUCCAGGGGACAUAAAUCUCUUGGUUAAGGAUGUGUGCAAUGACUGUCCCCCAGGUCCCCCAGGCCUCCCUGGUCUGCCAGGUUUUAAAGGGGACAAAGGUCUCCCGGGAAAGCCAGGGAGAGAAGGCACAGAAGGGAAAAAGGGAGAUGCUGGACCCAGAGGCCUCCCAGGACCCCCAGGAAUAGGUGGACCACAGGGAAAUAAAGGAGAACGUGGUGCAGAUGGUGAGAUUGGACAGAAAGGUGAUCAGGGUCAUCCAGGAGUUCCAGGUUUCAUGGGGCCCCCAGGGAACCCUGGGCCACCGGGAACAGCUGGAAUUGCCGGAGCUGCAGGACCGCCAGGAAUCCAAGGAUCCCCAGGGAAAGAAGGCCCUCCUGGCCCCCAAGGCCCAUCUGGAUUACCCGGAAUCCCAGGAGAAGAAGGCAGAGAAGGCAGAGAUGGAAAACCAGGGCCCCCCGGAGAGCCGGGCAAAACAGGAGAGCCAGGUCUGCCAGGACCGGAGGGUGCCCGCGGUCCCCCUGGCUUCAAGGGACACACCGGCGACUCUGGCCACCCUGGCCCCCGGGGAGAGCCUGGGGCCACGGGGCCCCCUGGCCGGGAAGGGUCACCAGGAAAAGAUGGUGACAUUGGACCCACAGGGCCACAGGGUCCCCGAGGACUGAGGGGCUUACCGGGUGAGAACGGAUCGCCUGGAUCCCCAGGAAACCAUGGUACUCCAGGCAGUCCCGGCCAGAAGGGAACCAGAGGAGACAACGGCAGCCCCGGGCUCCCUGGCUUCCUGGGUCCCCGUGGGCCGCAGGGUGAGCCGGGAGAGAAGGGAGUCCCAGGCAAGGAGGGGACCCCUGGGAAGCCGGGAGAGCCGGGCCCCAGAGGAGAAAGGGGAGAUCCUGGCAUCAAAGGUGACAAAGGACCUCCCGGUGGGAAGGGCCAGCCUGGAGACCCUGGGAUCCCAGGCCACAAAGGUCACACAGGCCUAAUGGGCCCCCAGGGACUACCUGGGGAGAAUGGGCCGGCCGGGCCGCCGGGGCCCCCGGGCCAGCCAGGAUUUCCAGGACUGAGGGGGGAGUCUCCAUCCAUGGACAUCCUGCGGCGGUUCAUCCAAGAAGAAGUGGAGAAGCAGCUGGAAACCAGACUCGCCUACCUCCUGGCCCAGAUGCCCUCAGCACACACCAAGCCCUCUCAAGGCAGACCCGGGCCCCCAGGGCCCCCUGGAAAAGAUGGGCUUCCAGGUCGGGCAGGCCCCAUGGGGGAGCCAGGACGGCCUGGGCAGGGGGGUCUGGAGGGACCCUCUGGGCCCAUAGGUCCCAAAGGUGAGCGAGGAGCCAGAGGUGACCCAGGUGAACCUGGAGUUGGCCUCCGAGGCGAGGUGGGACCCGCCGGGAUCCCAGGUCAACCCGGGGAACCUGGCUACGCUAAAGAUGGGCUCCCCGGGGGUCCCGGUCCUCAAGGGGAGACAGGACCAGCUGGACACCCUGGCCCCCCAGGACCCCCCGGCCCCCCUGGCCAGUGUGACCCCUCCCAGUGUGCCUACUUCGCCAGCCUCACUGCUGCUCGACCUGGUAACGUGAAGGGCCCCUAG